ACAGGCUUCAUAUUUUAGCCCUUUAUCUGGAGAAGCUGUGGACAGGCUGGCAAACUGACAGGCCUUUAACAUGAUGCUGAUACCAUAUUAAAAACAUUCACUAAUUGAUCCUAAUUGUCACACUAGGAAAGGAGAGAGUGAGGAAAAUGUGUUGAGUGUAAAGUUGUCAGUCGGGGAAUAACACAGGGCUGUGAAUGAGCCCCGUCACUGUGAUCAGGCUCCUCCUUCUAAUCCACCAACUUAGUGUUGAUGAAGACUAAACAGAGAGAUCACAGCCUUCUUUAUACUUGCUGGAGCUCACAGUUCCUCAACACUGCAGAUAUGACGCCUCUGUUCAUCUCAGUGUUGCUGGCUGCUGUGUGCCUUGAAUGCAGAGCACAAAAAGACAACGUGCUGCAACCAGAAGGAGACGUGACUGCUGCUGAAGGAGAGCCAGUAACACUUGGCUGUCUAUAUAACACCAGUUCUCAAAGUCCAAAUCUCUUCUGGUACAAACAGGAUGGAAACAACAGCCCUGAAUUCAUACUGAGCCGCUUUCAACGGGAUGAAGGGAAAACAGCAGACAAGUACAAGGAGAGAUUUUCAUCCACACUGGAUUCCACCUCAAGAUCAGUUCCUCUGAAGAUCCAGAAGCUUCAGCUGUCUGACUCUGCUGUGUACUACUGUGCUCUGCAGCCCACAACAGACAGCCUGCAGAUGCUGACACUGAUCCUGUCCUGCUCCAGCACUCUGAGGCCCUGGACAGGACUGGAGAGCAGGACUCUCCAGGGACUGUGCCCUCAAACCCAACGUGUUCUUGGCCCCCCACCCGACCCUGCACCUGGAUUGCCUACCUCCAAGACCAUCCAGACCUCCACCAUACAUCCACCCCCGGCUGUCAGAGAGGACGGACAGGCCACCAAACCCACCGCAUCACCAACAUCACAACCCACAGCCAACACAACACUGGCCACUGAUACCCAGCCAGAGCCCCCCAGCCUGGAGGUCCUAUACCCCCCUCAUCCCAAUGGAAGAACCAGGACUACAGGAGCAGCAGCCUAUUGGACUGAACUACGCUGCAGCGGUGAGAAGAGCCACAGCCCCGCCCCCCUCUGGUGA